UGGAACCUUAUGGUUUGUGGGGUCACAGAGUUGGACAUGACUGAACAACAAUAAUUCUUUUGAGUCACAUUUAGGACUUAAUGAAACGCACAAAUUAUAUGGAUCCCUUAUUUUGUAAUAAUAGAAAACAUGUAUAAAUAAGUGUAUGGUGGAAAUUGCUGCUGCUCCAUUUAUUUUUGUUACUUCUUGAUGAGGUGCUAAUUAGAUUUGGAUUGAUGUCAGAAUAAAUUGAAGUACCCCUUUUAAAAUAUAAUAAAAUUUUUAAAAUUCCCAUUAACACACAUUAUAAUUGCAGAUACUUAUGUCAUGGAAGUUGUUGGGAUCAUUGUUUCAGCUGUCCUUUAAAUCUGGUAAGUAAGGGCCCUUUACAAGGUGUAUUCUCUCUGGAAAGUCCUUUAAUUGCAAAAAGAAUGUUGAAAUCUCUAUAUCAAAAUUCUAAGUCUACUGAUAGUUCAGUAAAGCUCCAUUUAUCUGCCUAUCAGAUAACUAAUCAGGAAGGAAUCUAAAAUUUGUCCUAGAAAGGAAACAUGUAGGACUAUUAACUAUUCGUUUAUUUAGAACUCUGAUAUAGAGCUUUCUUUUGUUAAAGUCCUUUCCAAAGAAGAUACUCCCUGUAGAGGGUCUGAAGUUGAUUGGUUUAAAGUAUCUUUGCUGCUAUCUCAGCUCCAGGACCUUUUCCACCAGCCCUUUUAAAAGUUUAGUUACCAGCAUUAAAGGGAAUAAUUUCUCUACAUAAUGGUUGCUUUAUUAGAAAAAUAAACUUAGCUUUUGAGUUCUUUUUUGGGGGCACGUCAUAAUUAUGUAGUAAAUUACUAGAGCUUUCCAUUUCCUGGUUUCUUGGAAGGAAGGUUUUCAUGACCAAGCACAGUAAAUAUAUAUAUAUGACGUUUAACAAAUGCAUAUUAAGUUAUUGAUGAAAACUAGAAAAUAUAAAAGUUCAGUCACAUUCUGUAUAAUCGUAUCACUUUGAUCUCAGAUACUCAAAAGCUUAAAUAAUUCUAAAGAAGUAACCAUUCUGUAAUUAAUCUUUUCAGAGGGAUGGUGGCAUACUUUGAAGAUGGAACUGAGGAGGCAGUGAGAACAUACUAAGCCAAAGGAUUUAAAGGGACAGCAGGGCUCCAACAACAAUGACCUUAGAGCCACUGGAAGUGGGGAAAUGGUCUGUACAAUAUGUCAGGAAGAGUAUUCAGAAGCUCCUAAUGAAAUGGUUAUAUGUGAUAAGUGUGGACAGGGAUAUCAUCAGUUGUGCCAUACACCUAAUAUUGAUUCCAGCGUGAUUGACUCCGAUGAAAAAUGGCUCUGUAGACAGUGUGUUUUUGCAACAACAACAAAGCGGGGUGGUGCGCUUAAGAAAGGACCAAAUGCCAAAGCAUUGCAAGUCAUGAAGCAGACUUUACCCUAUAGUGUGGCAGAUCUAGAAUGGGAUCCAGGCCAUAAGACCAAUGCUCAGCAGUGUUACUGCUACUGUGGAGGCCCUGGAGACUGGUAUUUAAAAAUGUUGCAGUGCUGCAAAUGUAAGCAGUGGUUUCAUGAGGCUUGUGUGCAAUGCCUUCAAAAGCCAAUGUUAUUUGGUGACAGAUUUUAUACAUUCAUUUGCUCUGUCUGUAGUUCUGGACCAGAAUACCUCAAACGUCUGCCCUUACAAUGGGUAGAUAUAGCACACCUUUGCCUUUACAACCUAAGUGUUAUUCACAAGAAGAAAUACUUUGAUUCUGAACUUGAACUUAUGACGUACAUUAAUGAAAACUGGGAUAGAUUGCACCCUGGAGAGCUGGCAGACACACCAAAAUCUGAAAGAUAUGAGCAUGUUCUGGAGGCAUUAAAUGAUUACAAGACCAUGUUUAUGUCAGGAAAAGAAAUAAAGAAGAAGAAACAUUUAUUUGGAUUGAGAAUUCGUGUUCCUCCUGUGCCACCCAAUGUGGCUUUUAAAGCAGAGAAAGAACCUGAAGGAACAUCUCAUGAAUUCAAAAUUAAGGGUAGAAAAGCAUCUAAACCUAUACCUGACUCGAGGGAUAUAAGUAAUGGUAUAGAAAAGAAAGGAAAGAAAAAAUCUGUAGGUCGCCCACCUGGCCCAUAUACAAGAAAGAUGAUUCAAAAGACUUCUGAACCGUCUUCUUUGGAAAAGGAAUCAGUUCCAGAGAAUCCUACCUUGGAUGUACCUUCCUCUGUAGGGAAACCUGAUGGAACUGCACAUUCAUCUAAUACCUCAGAUGUGGACUUCACGGGUGCUGCCAGUACAAAAGAAACUACCUCAUCUACCAUUUCCAGGCAUUAUGGUUUAUCUGACUCCAGAAAGAGAACUCGAACAGGAAGAUCAUGGCCUGCUGCAAUACCACACCUGCGGAGAAGAAGGGGGCGCCUUCCUCGGAAAGCACUCCAGACGCAGAAUUCUGAAAUUGUGAAAGAUGAUGAAGGCAAAGAAGAUUAUCAGUUUGAUGAACUUAACACAGAAAUUCUUAAUAAUUUAGCAGAUCAGGAAUUACAGCUUAAUCAUCUAAAGAACUCUAUUACCAGUUAUUUUGGUGCUGCAGGUAGAAUAGCAUGUGGUGAAAAAUAUAGAGUAUUGGCUCGCCGAGUGACACUUGAUGGAAAGGUGCAGUAUCUGGUGGAGUGGGAAGGAGCAACUGCAUCCUGACUGUAGGACUGACCGAACAUUAUGUUCACUGCACUCGCAUCUUCUGUAGGUACAAUUGAGAGCCCCGAAGGAGCUGGCUUUUACUCUCUUUCUGAAAACACACAUUCAUACAACCACAUACACACACACACACACACACCCCAAACAAACAUCACAAGGAAAUAUUAGCCUUAACAUAUACCUGUUAACAAAAUGGAUAUUGUCAUAAAAACUAUCUUUUAAAAUCAGAACAGAGACUUAAUUUUUUAAUCUUAAGAUUUGUAGAUUGUUUCUAGAAUAGGUUAUUAAAAUAAUUCAAACUUGUGCAUGGUGUUAGAUGAUUUUUCUAGGUAUUCCAUUGAGUCAGUUCUUGUGAUUAGUGGUUUUCAGUGCAAACAGAUCAUGUAGAUAGCACAAGUCUUUGGAGAAACAUUGUCUGUUUUGUUACCAAAAUGUUUGCAAAAAUGAAUUUCUAUUUCAAUACCUUUUAGAUUUCGUAAAGUGCAGUGUAUAUAAUGCCUACUGAAAGACUGUAAAAUAUUGAAAUUUUUCUUUCAAGCAAAGUGUAAAAAAUAUAUUGAGCCUGUAAAUUGCUCCAUGACUAGA